AUGUUUGCCCGCCAGAUUGUUUCCUCUGACACUUUGCAGCGUGCGUUCUUCGAGAUCAAAGUGGACACUCGACUCGAGAAUCGUGCAUUUGCUGAGAGAGAGGCGUUGUGGUGUGUCAGGCUAACAUUGUGUAAUGAAGAUGAUCAAAAUAUGAAGGAGAUGUAUGAGCAUCAGAAGAAGAGUGUUGGUGGUGGAGAUGAACAAGCCAGUCUCCCCUCACUUGGUAAUAUUUUGUACAACAUGGGUGAAUAUGAGAAAGCGAAACAAUACUACACUCAUGUAUUGGAUGAGUUAAGCGGUGAUGAUAGAAAUGUUGCUGUGUGUCAUUAUGGACUCGGCGAAGUAAGUGGUGAACGAGGAGAAUAUGAUGUUGCACUCGAUCAUUUGAAUGAAGCCGUGAAACUGUACAAGAAGUCUCAACAGGCGCACGACACACUGGACAUUGCUCAGUGUUAUUGUUGGAUAGGCGUAGUGCACAGUUACAAAGAAGAAUAUGAAACAGCGCUUUCUUACUUGAGCAAAGAUUUGGCUAUAAAACAAGCGAAGCUUCCUGCUGGUCAUGUUCGUGCUCUUGUCAUGUGCAAGAAGGUAUUGCCCCCGACUCACUCUUCCAUCUUUCCCGAUCGAGCUCUCAAUUGUUACAAUCAAAGUCUCCAGAUGGAGCGAAAGUCACUUCCACCCGAUCAUCCGAAUGUAGCUACUACUUACUAUUCGAUCGAUCGUGUGUAUGAAGAGAAGAAUGAUUUGACGACAGCUCUCGACUAUUUUGAGCAGUGUCUCGUCGUUCGAAAGAAAUCUCUUCCACCACCUCAUCCGUACAUUCAAAGUGUGGGUGACGCUAUCCGACGGGUGAAAUCGAAGUAACAUUUGGUUUAUUUGCAUGAACUUAGACACUUGUUUUCUUGUAGUUUUGUGCACUACUACUUAUAAUGACAGAAUAGUCUGAUCUCUUGACUUCUGCAGCAGCUAUUAAGAAAUUCUCAUAAGUUAGAUUCAUGCGUCACAAUAAGGCAUUUGAACGCAUUAAAGUAGACAAUUUCGCGCCGCUAAUACGUGUGGACGCAUUAAAAGGACAAAAAUUGAACCUGAAUCGCAGGUCUGAAAUAGUGUCGAAGCAUUACAAUGUGUUAAAUCUGAAUUUUUAGUAAGAGAAUAGCAACAGAGUGUUGGUAAAACUAGCAGCCAUGGUAGAACCAAGAGUUUGAACCCUAGUUCAAAUUUUUUCGAUUUUUAAAGUUUUAAAAUUUCGUGUUUUUCAAAUUAAAAACGAAAAAAGGACAGUUUAAUAAAAGCCUCUCGUUUGGGACUGCAGAAUUCGAUUUUGAACAACUUUUAUACUCAGAGUUUUGCUUCAAAAUGCUUGCUUCGAACGAAACUAGUCGUUGUUCAAAAUCGUGGUGCUAUUCUCUUACUAAAAAUUCAGGUUUAACACAUUGUAAUGCUU